AUGCCCGUGUGCUUCCUGCUCUUCCUGCUCACCCUCGUCGUGUCAGUUGGCAGUGGCGCUAUUUCUGCUCCAGUUGCUGAAAAGCUGGUCGUGGUGUCAACGCCAAGCAAGAUGCGACUCUUCAAACUGGAAACGGACGCAAUACAGACUUCACUUCGUGUGAUUGACGCCACUAAUGAAGAAAGGGGCGGAACGGGGAUCACGGUGGCGAUGGAGAGUGGUGUUACCAGCUUAAAUUCCACGUCGCUCACGGAAUGGCUCAGAGACGUGGUCAUAAAAGUGAGAGAGAUGCUGUCGUCAGGGUUAGAAAAAUUUGACGAUUUCCUGUCAGCGCAGUGGACGGCCUCGAAGAAAUCGUACCGAAAGACUCAAAAUGCUGCAAAAGAGAAACUGGCAGCGAAGCAAGCUGUGGAGAUAGAAAACAAUUACAGGGCAUGGAAAGAGCUAGAGGCCAAAAAAGCGAAGUCUAAAGGAAAAGACAAAUGA